AGGAACGAAAGACAACUCCAUCAGCCCUCCAGGAACAGCUAUGAAGUUCCUCUCCGCAAGAGACUUCCAAGCACUUGCCUUCUUGGGGCUGAUGGUGGUGAUGGCCACUGCCUUCCCUACUUUACAAGUCCGGAGAGGAGACUUCACAGAGGAUACCACCCCCAACAGACCAGUCUAUACCACUUCACAACAAGUCAGAGGCCUGAUUGCAUAUGUUCUCAAUGAAAUCUUGGAAACGAGAAAAGAGUUGUGUAAUGACAAUCCUGAUUGUCUGAACAAUGAAAAUGCAUUGUCAGAAAACAAUCUGAAACUUCCAGAGAUACAGAGAGAUGAUGGAUGCUUCCAUACUGGAUACAAUCGGGACGUUUGCCUAUUGAAAAUCACCUCUGGUCUUCUGGAGUACCAGACAUAUCUGGAGUAUGUGAAGAACAAUUUACAAGAUAACAAGAAAGACAAAGCCAGAGCCAUUCAGAGCAACACCAAAACCCUAGUUCACAUCUUCAAACAAGAGGUGAAGGAUUCAGGUAAAAUAGUCUUUCCUGAUCCAACUUCCAAGGCUCUCCUACUGGAGAAACUGGAAUCACAGACGGAAUGGCUGAGGACCAAGACCACCCAGCUCAUCCUGACAGCACUUGAAGAAUUCCUAAAGGUCACCAAGAGGUUUGCUUUGCAAAACUAGUGUGCUAUGCCUAAGUGUACCAAGCUGAGGACCUUCCUCAUCGGAGUCAGAAAACAUAUCCUGUCACUGGGUAUCUGCCUUAUGUUGUUCUCUACGAAGAACUGACAGUAUGAAUGUUGGGACACUAUUUUAAUUAUUUUUAAUUUAUUGAUAAUUUAAAUAUGUAAACUGUAACUUAAUUUAUGAUUGAUAUUUAUAAUUUUUAUGAAGUGUCACUUG